AUGGCCGCCGCUGCCGACACGAGGCCGGCGGGCUCUCCUCCCUCGGCCCUCAAGAGCCGUACUCGCGAGCUGCAGCAAGAAGACUCGCUCCUGUCGUCGAGCCUCCCGCCGUCGCUCUCGUCUGCACCGCCUCCUCUUCCUCCUCCUCAAGUCCACCUCCACUCGUCGCCCGAGUCGUCUCUCCUCCUCCCGACUGUCCAAGAGCACGGUCCGUCGCACCCGGUCGCCGCGACCCCGUCGCAGUUCGCCCUGUCCGGCCGGCCACGAGCGGGCACGCUCCCGUCGACGUUCCUCACGUCGUCGUCGAGCCUGCGCUCCCGCCUCGGCGCAGCCGACAGCCUCCUCCUCCCGACGACGGCGCACGGCGGUGCGGCGUCCCUCCCCGGCUCAGGCCCGACCACGCCUCUCGACCAGCCCUUCCCCUCGGCGCUCAUCCCGCCCGCACCCGCCUCGACCUCGUCGGCCUCGCACUCGCGCCUGCGCUCGGGCUCCCUCACCCUCCCGAGCUCGAGCCUGUCGUCCGUGUUCGGCUCGGGCGUCUUCUCGAGCGGCGACUGGUCGCCCAACACGCUCGGUAACGGCGCGCCAGGCGGCAGCAGCCCGGCGGCGCCCGGACCUCCUCGCCGACUCGGCGGCGUCGGCGACGUGCGCAGCCCGGACGAGAGCGCCUACGGCGAGGACUCGCACCUGCGCACGCUCGACUACCUCGGCCUCGCCGACGAGUCGUCCGGGCCAAGCAACGCGGCGAGCGAGAGCCUCCUCCCGUCGUCGACGAGCGCGUUCGCGCCGGCGUACUCGGCGGCGCCGAUGCAGCGGCUCGGAUCGGCGGGGAGCGUGCAGCCGAGCUCCAGCGGGCUGAACGGGUUCGGCGCGGCGACGCACUCGCGGCUGCGGAGCCACACGUUGGCCGCCUUCCCGCGGUCAUCUUCGCCCGCCGAGGCGCUCCUGCACCGGUCGUACCCUCCUCCCUCGUCUCUCCCUCCUCCCUCGUCGUACCUUAGCUCGUCCCUCGUCAGCUCCCCCGCACCUCUCGUCGGCGUCGCCUCGCCCGACGACCCGUACUCGCACUCGCACUCGUCGCCGUCGUCGUCGGCCACGCCCCGCCACCGCUCGACCAGCUCGACCGACUCGAGCCGCCUCCUGUACGCCACGGCCGUCAACCUCACCGAGCCCUCGCCGCACUCGGGCCCCGAGCCGCCGCGCCCGUCGCCCCUCGUCACCCUCCUCCCUCCCUCGUCCUCGUCGAGUGACGCCGUCGCCUCGACCACGUCCUCGUCCGGGCACAGCUCCGCCGGCGGCUUCGGCAACCACGAUCUGCCCGCUCGCGGACGCGCAGCGACGAUCGGCAUCCUCGACGACUCGAAGAGCGAGAUGUACUCGCGCCGGCGCGCCGGCACGACGGCGGGCAUCCCGCCGCGGCACCUCGGCAUCGGAGCGGACGUCGCGGCGGGGGGAGGAGCAGGAGGAGACGGCGGAGCGGGAGGCGCAGGGGUGGGGCCGGUGCAGGCGAUGGCGUCGAGGAUGGGGCGACUCGGCAUCAGCGAGGACCCGGCAAACCCGGCCGCCGGCUGGGCCAGCCUCGGCCGUCCGCCAACGCCCGAGGGCGCCAUCUCGCUCACGCCGCCGGUCCAACAGCCGACCCGCAGCCUUUGGGUCGGCAACCUCGACCCCAAGACGUCGCCCGCCGACCUGCAGGAGGUCUUUGCGCCAUACGGCGCCAUCGAGAGCUUGCGCCUCAUCCCGGACAAGGAGUGCGGCUUCGUCAACUUCGUGUCGGUCUCGGACGCCAUGCGCGCCAAGGAGGACGUCCUGAACCGCCUCGGCGGGCAGCUCACCAAGACGAGCGGGCUCGUCCGCAUCGGCUACGGCAAGGCCGAGUCGACCCCGGCCCCGACCGCGCCGGGCCUCAUCCACCCUCGCUCGACCGCCGCGCCCGCGCAGCUCCCCGGCGACCUCAACCUGCAGACGCAGCCGACGAGGGCGCUCUGGGUCGGCUCAAUCCCGCCGACGACCACGCCCAACCACCUGCUCGCCGUCUUCUCGGCAUUCGGCGCGAUCGAGAGCGCGAGGGUCCUCACGCACAAGUCCUGCGGCUUUGUCAACUUUGAGCGCCUCGACGACGCCGUCGCCGCUCGCAAGGCCCUGUCGGGUCGCGAGAUCCUCGGCGUCGAGGUCGGGCCCGUCCGCAUCGGGUUCGCCAAGGUCCCGAGCAAGGUGUCGCAGGCGCCGUUCGCCCACCACGUCAACGGCGACGGCACGCCCGCCUCGUCGUCGUCGGCCUCGAACGGCAUCAACGGCGGCGGCGUGGGCUCGUUCCCGCACGUGUUCGGCGCCGUGUCGCAGCUCAGCGGCGCGUCGGGCAUCCCGGUCGAGCGCCAACUCGCAGACGGCCACGUGCACGACUACCGCAGCAACCUCGUCAUGGGCCUCGUCUCGAACGGCCACUACGCGAGCGCGCACGCGUUCCAGCAGCCGGGCGGGCCCUCGUCGGCGUCGGCCGCAUUCGGCGGGCAGCAGCAGCAGCAGCAGGAGGUCAACGGCAACGGCAAGGUCGUCGAGACGAGCAGGGCGACCGUCAACGAGAUGCAGAUGCUCAUGCGCGAGUUGAGCCAGGGCGACGACGAGCUCGAGGAGCAUGUCGCCGCUGUCGCAGAAGUUCGUCCGCCUCAGACCUACUACACGUCGAUCCCGCUCGCCGUCCUGAGCGACCCGCGCUUCGCCCGUCGCUAUGCGCAGCACGAGGCGCCCCGACUGCGCGAGAUCCGCAAGCGGCUCGACGCCGAGCCGUCGACGGACGAGGUUGACGCGAUCGCGGCCGACUUGAUGGACGAGGUCGUCCCGCUCGCGUCCGACUACAUCGGCAACACGCUCGUCCAAAAACUUUUCGAGCAGACGUCGAAGCCUGUCCGCAAGCUCAUGCUCGAGCGCAUCUCGCCGCACCUCGCCCCGAUCGGGACGCACAAGAACGGUACCUGGGCCGUGCAGAAGAUCAUCCAGUGCGCCGAGGACGACGACGAGUUCGCCAUCAUCGAGCAGAGCCUCGCGCCGUACACGCCGCCGCUCCUCCUCAACGACUUCGGCAACUACGUCGUCCAGGGCGCGCUGCGCUUCGGCUCGCCAUGGUCCGAUUUCGUGUUCGACGCCAUGGUCGACCGCAUCUGGGAGAUCGGCUCGGGCCGCUUCGGCGCGCGCAGCACGCGGCAGACGCUCGAGAGCCCCGAGACGCCGCCUCUUCAGCGCAAGCGCGUCGCGGCCGCCAUCGUCCUCAACGCCAUCCCGCUCGCGACGAGCUCGAACGGCGCCCUCCUCCUCACGUGGCUCCUCGAGUCGUCGGGCCUGCCCAACCGGUACUCGCUCGUCGCGCCGCGCUUCGUGUCGCACCUGUCGCACCUGUGCACCCACAAGCUCUCGUCGCAGUCGCUCAUGCGCGUCAUCAACCAGCGCGAGGACGACGAGGCGCAGCGCAUCAUGGUCGACGCCCUCGUCGACCCGGCCGCCAAGGUCCUCGAGGACGUCCUCAAGGACCACAUGAACGGCGUCGCGUGCGUGCACAAGGUCGCCGCCUCGACCUACCUGAGCGGCGAGCGUCGCGAGCAGGUCUUUGCCCGCGUCAAGGAGGUCCUCGAGACGCUCGGCGUGCAGGGCGCGCCGGCGUUCCGCAAGCUCAUCGACGAGGUCGGCGGCGAGUACCUCGGCCCGUCGCCGGGCAGCACGCCGCCGCCGCCGCAGGGCCAAGGGCACUACGGCGGCGGGCGCCAGAACCCGCGCGCGUCGCCGCAGCAGGGCUUCGGCGGUCCGAGCGGCGGGGCCUCCGGCCUCCCUCUUCCUCCUUCUUCGCCACACUCGGUCUCGCCGCAGUUCCAGCGCCGCGGUCCGCUCGGCCCUCCUCCACCGCCGCCGCACCACCAGCACCUCAACUCGCACCACCUCCACCCUCAGCAUCAGCCUUUCGGCUCGCCCGCCAUGGCCUCGUACCCGUACGGCCCGCCGCCUAUGGGGUAUCUCCUUCAGUACGGCGCGCCCAACGGUUACGGCGGCUACGCGAGCCCGUACUACGGCGGCGACGGCGCGACCCUUCCUCCUCCUCCCUCCCUCUUCAACCCCGGCUCGCCCUACUCGCCGUCGUUCGCCCCUCCCGGCUCGGCCAGCAGCGGCCCUGCGUCGCCAGCUCGCUCGCCACACAUGCAGCACCCGGGCUUGCCGCCGUUCUCGCCCGGCUUCGGCCCCGGCGGCGUCGGUGGCGCAGGAGGCGCCGUCUCGCCGGGCUACCCGUCGAUCAGCAGCCCCGACCCUUUCUCUGCGCUCAGGGUCGGCGACGGCGGCGGCUUCAACCCGGCGUUCUCGCCGAUGGGCUCGCCACCGCCGCCGCCGCCGCCCUACUUUGGCGGUUUCGGCGCGUUCGCCGCGCAGCAGAACGGCGCAGGCGGGCCCUUCGACGUCGGUGCGGGUCACCCCGGCAGCGUCGGCUACUAGGCUCACACCUCUUUCCCUCCUCCCUUACCCCUCUUUCCGCCUCUCCCUCGCAUAGCCCGUCGUCUGUUCGAGUCUACUCUCUCGCACUGCACCCGCCGUACCCCCUCCCAGCCCGCAUUUUCCUCUCUCUCUUCCCCUUUCCUCGCCCUGUCGGAUUCGCUUUCUGCUCUUUCCCCUCCUCUCUUCCCCUCCCCUUCGUGCUUGUAGCAACUCUCGACGGACAGUCGCACCGAAACUUUAGCUGCACCUUCUCGUUCUC